AUGUGCCAGCGACGGUAUGUCAACGACAUCCUCAAGCGUUUCGGCAUGUAUGAGUGCAAGGCCACAGCAAGUCCGGUCGAUUUGAGCACUCGGCUUGUUGCAAGCAGUGAAGCGGCGAAUAUCGACGUUCCGUUUCGUGAAGCAGUGGGAGCUUUAAUGUACUUAACGACUGCGACAUGCCCGGACAUUGCGUAUGCUGUGGGUAAUGUCUCACGCUUCCUGGAGGAUCCACAGCAGGAACAUUGGAUAUUUCGUUACUUGAAAGAGACCAAGUCGCACGGACUCCGUUUCCAGCCAAGCGACAAGAUUGGCGUGGCUAUUCGGAUGCGAACUGGGCUGGUGAUCUUGCUGAUCGCAAGUCGACUUCGGGUUACACUUUCAUACUGA